AUGUCUGCACCGACGCCAAAAGCAGGGCAAUCGGAGCCCAGGCUACCGACCUCUACCACAUCACCCACACAACCUCCCGCGGCCCCCCCCACAGAAAGAUUUAACCCGACUGUCCAAUUCCUCGGUUUUAUCUCCGAUCCCGUGGUUGCCGCCUUUUGCGCCGGCGGCGUAGCAGGCGCUGUUUCCCGUACUGUAGUAUCACCGCUCGAGCGCCUCAAGAUCCUGUUCCAGGUCCAAAGCGCCGGUCGCGAUGCGUACAAGCUGAGCGUGGGGCAAGGGUUGGCGAAGAUGUGGAGGGAAGAAGGUUGGCGCGGAUUCAUGCGCGGGAACGGGACCAAUUGCAUUCGCAUUGUGCCGUACUCGGCGGUUCAGUUUGGGAGUUACAAUUUCUACAAGAGGCAGUUUUUCGAACGACACCCCGGCGACAGCUUAACCCCCCUCUCACGCCUGACCUGCGGCGGUAUUGCCGGUAUCACAUCCGUCACCUUCACCUACCCCCUAGACAUCGUGCGCACACGACUCUCGAUCCAAUCCGCUUCAUUUGCAGAGCUCGGCAAGCGACCGGAAAAGCUCCCCGGCAUGUGGCAGACUAUGAUCUCCAUGUACAAAACCGAGGGAGGGAUCCGCGCGCUAUAUCGCGGGAUCGUGCCGACCGUGACAGGCGUCGCGCCCUAUGUCGGCCUUAACUUUAUGACAUACGAAUUCAUCCGCCAAUACCUAACCCGCGAAGGUGAACAAAACCCCACCGCCGUGCGGAAGCUGGUCGCGGGUGCCGUCUCUGGCGCCGUGGCGCAAACUUGCACCUACCCAUUUGACGUGCUCCGCCGCCGUUUCCAAAUCAACACCAUGUCCGGCAUGGGCUAUCAAUACAAAUCCCUCACGGACGCCAUUCGUGUGAUUGUGACACAAGAAGGUCUCAAAGGCCUAUACAAGGGCAUUAUCCCGAAUCUAUUGAAGGUGGCCCCGAGCAUGGCAUCCAGCUGGCUCAGCUUUGAGCUGUGCCGCGAUUUCCUUGUCACCCUGAAGCCAGAGGAGGAGGAGCCGCUGUUGCAAUAA